CCCGCCGGCUAUCGAUUUCCAGUGCCCGCCCACCUUUCAAUCCCUCCUGCUCUUUUCUCCUCCUCGCCCCCCCCCCACCGCCUGUGCUUCAUCUGCUCUUACACACACACACCUCCUUACUCUUUUCCUGUCUCUCUCAUACAAAGGAACCUCAUCAUGAAUUGGCUCAAGUCUACUCUCGCCAGCGUUGCUGGUACUCAGGAACCGAUCUAUGGCCCGGAGGCGAUCAGAUCGGUGGCUCAGCAGGCGCAGGAAACCCCUUACACUGAACUCACCAAGGAUGAUCUCCGCUGGCGUGCUCACCAAUAUACCAACGUCGAGACCCACGUCUUCUAUGUCAUGGGCGACAAUGGUACCCUCGCCUUGUGUCAGGUCAUCUACAGCAACAUUGUUGGCAUCCAUACUACCGCUCAGUUCACCUCCAAGAUCUUUAACCUGAAGGGUGAUGCCCCCCACAAUUGGCACUCCGACCCCCUCUCCAACUUCAUGUUCGACGAGAGCAUGCUUUCCUUUGGCGCCGAUAACCUUGCUGUGACGCUGAAUGAGGAAGGAGAUACCUACACGAUCAAAUCGGCUGUGAAUGAGGACAGCCUGGUGAAUUUGACGUUCAAGCGCACUGCUCCGGGUUUCGUUGUUGGCAAAGAUGGCACUUCAUAUUUUGGCACUGAUCCCCAGAACCCCUGGGGCUCGAUGAGCCACGCUUUCUGGCCUCGUUGCGCCGUGGAGGGUACCAUCACCACCAAGGAGCAGAACUUUGACCUCAAGGGUCGCGGUCUGUUCAUCCACGCGCUUCAGGGCAUGAAGCCUCACCACGCGGCUGCGAGAUGGAACUUCCUCAACUUCCAGACGCCUACUUACUCCGCCGUCAUGAUGGAAUACACGACGCCUCCCUCUUAUGGAUCAACUGUGGUCAACGUUGGUGGUAUCGUCAAGGACGGAGAGAUCGUCUAUGCCGGCAGCACUAACACAGCUACCCACACGGAAUCUAACCAAGAUGCCGAGAGUGACUGGCCCGAGCCCAAGUCCAUCAAGUGGGUCUGGGAGGGCAAGUCCAAGGAUGGCAAGGAGGUCCAUGCUGAGGUCGACGGAGCUCUGGGCAACCGACUGGACCGGAUUGAUGUGAUGGCCGAGGUUCCCGGCUUCAUUAAGACCAUUGCGGGUAGUGUCGCGGGCACCCGGCCGUACAUCUUCCAGUACUCUCCCCAGGAGAAGCUGUCUUUGAAGCUCAAGAUCGGCGAUGAAGAAAUCACCGAGGAGGGUACCUUGUUCUCCGAGGCGACUUUUAUUUCAUAGAUGGAGGCCUUGAUUUCGGACCUUGACCAGGCGUUCUGA